AUGUCCAUCCUGCGUCCCCUACCGUCCUCUCGUCGAGAACCUAUCCUCCUAUCCUCCCUCUUGACGAUUCUAUUCGCAAGCAGCGCCUCGGCUCAUGGAGGCCAUACAGAUAAAAUCCCCGAGGGAGAGGCGGUAUCGCCGGAUCCGCUGGAUUCCAGGCUCUGGACGCAUAUCCUGCUGAUGAUUUUGUCGUUUGGCAUCAUAUUCCCCUACGGCAUGGUCCUGGGGAUAGUGAGAAGUCGAUGGCACGUCCCCGUGCAGGUCGUGGGCACCGUGAUCGCGACGGUGGCAUAUUUCCUGGGCCAUAUGCACCGCGGCCGGCAGUUCAAGCACCCCAACAUCCACGCGAGUUUCGCCAACAGUCUGGUCUUGAUGCUGGUGGUGCAGGUCGGACUGGGCGUUGGCUUGAAACUCCAUCUCGAGCAGAAGCCUGGAUGGGUGGGCCGAAUCUUCGGCGGCAAGGUCGGCAAGUCCGGGCGGCGCGGCGUGGUGCUGGUGCACGGCUGGGUGGGCAAGUUGAUGCCCAUCGUGUCGUGGGCGCAGAUGCUGUUCGGCGGGAUCGUCGCGAUGGGCUAUUGUCGCGGCGACCACCUCGGGCAAUGUGUGGCGCACUUCAUCAUGGGCUCGGCGUUCAUCGCGUACGGAAUCAUCAUGACGCUGCUGCUGCUGGUCGGCCAGGCCUGGCUGAGACGGACGGGCCGCAGUCAAGAGUUCUUCGACAGCACCGUCAUCGCUGCCUGGGGCUGCGUCAACACCUUCACCGAGCAUCGCUGGGGCCAUCCGUGGGUCAAGAACGAUCUCCAACACACUAGCAUGGGCAUUGUCUGGUGGUGCGCCGGCUUGUUGGGCGUCUGGCUGUCUCGGUCGCGAACCGGUCGUCCGAAGCGAAACCUGUUGCCCGGCAUCGUCAUCUUCAUGACCGGCUGGGCCAUGAGUGCCCAUCCGCAAGACCUGCCGCUGAGCACCAUGGUCCACACCGUGUUCGGAUAUACGCUGAUGGCCGCCGGCGCCGCCAGAAUCGUCGAGAUCUCCUUCCUCCUCAGGGACAGUAGAGGCGCCGGCGAGGUCAACAGUUGGCAACAUCUUCCGCCCUUUCUUCUCUACGCAUCCGGAUUUCUAUUCAUGGGUGCCACGGAGGAACAAAUGCAUUUCUUAUCUGACGCCGACGUCACCCACGUCAGCUACAUCUUGAUCCUCUACUCGAUCGCCUUCCUCCUGUAUCUCUUCGUCAACAUCCUGCUGUACAUCUACGCGUCACACGCCUGGCCUGAGGACGAAAGCAACGGCACCCGGCCCUCGCAUCAUCCCCCUGGCAGCUUAUCCAGGAAUCCGAGCGCUUCUGUAGCGGCAUCCGGCCAGGGCCAGGGCCAGGGCCAUUUGAGGAAACUCUCGGUUCUUCCGCACGUCCCUCUCACCAAUGGCACCGCCCUCUCCGCUCCGACUAAUGGGUCUGUAAGGCUCCCUCGAAGUCGCGUCACAGAAAACCAACGGGUACGGGAUGCCGAGGAAUUCGAACUCGAGGGCCUGAUCAGCGAAGAGGAGGCCGAAGAUGACGCGAUUCCCAAGGUGGCCAAAAAGGAAACCGUCCCGGUAUAG